AUGAGGAGUUCUUGCGUCUUCUCCGGUCUUUCGCACCCGCAGUUGGUGGAAGCGAUAUGCGAACGGCUUGGACAGAAGCCGUCGCAGGUCGUGUCGAAGAAGUUUAGCAAUGGCGAGACUUCCGUCGAGAUCAAGACGUCGGUGCGCGAUCAGGAGAUCUUCAUUGUGCAGAGUGGCAGCAGCGAGUAUGUUCACCUGGACCGAGAAUCGGGGAAGAGUGGCUGA